UUUCGUCAACUACUAUGGUUUUAUUUCACUCGCACGUUUGCAGAACUUUGCUUAAAAUUGGUGAAUUCAACAACAAUAUCAGGAUUAUCGUCUGCGCCAAUACCGGCGGAAUAUCUCGUGAGCGAAUCGUGCGAAUGCUUCUUACUUUCAAGUCGUAAUUCGUCAAACAACGUUUUAAAUCAUUUGCAAGUCUUGUAUUAAAUUGGAAUCAGUUUAUCAGUGAUGUGAUCAAGAUCAUACAAAUUUAAUUUAAGAAGUCUCAAUGGCAAGUCAAGUGGAGCUAAAGCAAUCAGAAGUUCAAAAUGAAACCAAGACUACUUGUGAGAAUGUCCCCCAAAAUGGAGCUACAACAUCCAAUCAAAUCUUAGUCAAACAGGCCAAUGAUACAGGUUGCACAAAAAAGCGCAACCGAAGUGAGAAUGAUUACGAACAGGAAGCAACGAAGCGUAAAAAGAUUUUCAAAUAUGGAAAUUACAACCGUUACUACGGAUAUCGGAACAUCAAUGAAUCACCAAAAGAGGACGUCAGACUUCAGGCUUUCAUCGAACAGAAAGAAUUGAUAACCGGUAAACAACUACUGGACAUAGGCUGCAAUAAUGGUUCACUCACACUUUUGAUUGCAAAGCAUUGCAAUCCUGCCAGUGCUGUUGGAAUAGACAUAGACGGAGAUUUAAUAGGCAGCGCACGAAGACACCAAUCAGUUAUGCUAAAAUCAAGUAUUGAUGACGGCGAUGCAUUUCGGUCCCUAAAAUGUGUGGAAUUCAAAAUGGCAAAUUAUGCUUAUCAGGACGAAUCACUGCUUGCCAACGAGAAACCUCAGUUUGAUGUGAUACUUUGCUUAUCGGUAACCAAGUGGAUCCAUUUGAAUUUUGGAGACGCUGCUGUGAAGCUUACGUUCAAGCGCGCAUAUCGUCAACUGCAUGAUGGAGGAAUAUUUAUACUCGAGGCCCAGCCAUGGAGUAGCUAUAAGAAGAAGAAAAAACUAACGGACGAAAUUUUUGCAAAUUUCAAAAAAAUCGCCUUUCGUCCAGAUGAGUUUAGCCGGUUCCUGUUGGGCGACGAAAUCGGUUUUCGGGAGAUGUUCGAGCUAAAAAUAGCUGAUCACACGGUAAAGGGAUUCCGGCGACCAAUUUUCGUGUUUCGGAAAUAGGUGAGUGAUGCAGGGUAUUCUUUAAA